AUGAGCAGUUUCUUUAAAUCAAGAGUCGAAAAUUAUAUCGCUAAAACUCCAAUAAGAUUUAGAAAUAGAAAUGACUCAAGUAAAUCAAUAAAUGUUCCAGAAAUUUUACAAAAUUCAAUUGAAGAAUUUCAAUCAAAUUAUCAAUUUUAUAUAAAUCCAAUUUUAUCUUCAGGUCAUACUCAAACUGCUUAUACUGCUAUAAAUAAAUUUGAAAAUCAACAUCAUGUAUAUUAUAAAAGAAAAAUUAUAACUAUUGAAAAUAAAACUUAUAAAAUUCCAAAUACAAAUGAUUUUUUGAAAUACGAUCAAUGGCAAGGUGAAAGUACAAUUGCAAUUGAUUUUGCAAUCCCCAAAGAAAAAGCAUCUGAUGAUAUUUUCAAAUUUAAACCUGAAUCUCAAUUAUCUGAAUUACCUCCAAGAACUGAAUUUGCUGACCCAAAAGAAGAAAUUAUUGAAAAUAACGAUGAGAAACCAUUGUUAAUUGUUUUACAUGGAUUAAGUGGUGGUUCUUAUGAAGCUUAUAUAAGAGCAGUAUUGGAGAAAAUUAUAAGUGAUGAGUACAAUUUUGAUGCUAUUGUCUUGAAUUCAAGAGGUUGUGCAAAACAUACAAUCACAUCACCACAAUUAUAUAAUGGAUUAUGGACAAAUGAUUUAAGAUAUUUAAUUAAUGAAAUAGUGACAAAAAAGUAUAGUAAGAAACGUGUUUAUCUUAUGGGUUUCUCUCUCGGUGGUGCAAUUUUAGCAAAUUAUCUUGGUCAAGAAGGUCAAUAUAUUUCAAAUCAAAUUAAAGGUGCUUGUUGUUUCGGAACUCCUUGGGAUUUCCCAGAUGGUGCUAUACAUUUAAGAGAAUCUAUAAUUGGUCAUAAAAUUUAUUCUCCUACAAUGUGUUCAAAUUUAUUAAAAUUAUUAAAUAGUCACGGUAUACUUGAAAAUAAUCAAUUUAUUGAAGAAUAUAAAAAUAAUCCAUCAAAUUAUAAUAUUAAAUUUUUGAAACAAUUUGAUGAUUUUUUUACAUCUAAAUUAUUUGGUUUAAAUUGUGCUGAUGAAUAUUAUAGAUUAGCAUCACCAAUUCAAAGAGUUUUAAAAGUUAGAGUCCCAUUAUUGAUUAUAAGUUCAAAAGAUGAUCCAAUUACUGGAUGUAGGUCAUUACCAUAUGCAGAAACAAAUUUGAAUCCAUAUAUAACAAUGAUUACAACUACAAUUGGAGGUCAUCUUGGUUGGUUUACAUGGAAUGGUGAUAGAUGGUAUACAAAACCAAUUUGCCAAUUUUUUAAAAAUCUAAAUGAAUAUGAUGUAGAUAAGCAAAGUAUAGAAGAGAAAGAUUUACCUAUGGAUAUCUCAAAAUCAUGGAAAUUUGAUAGAUUAAUCAAUGGAAUGUUAGAAUAA